AUGGGUGACUGGAGCUUCUUGGGGAACAUUUUAGAGGAAGUAAACGAACACUCGACGGUGAUAGGGAGGGUGUGGCUGACUGUGCUCUUCAUUUUUAGGAUUUUAAUCCUGGGCACGGCCGCUGAGUUUGUUUGGGGGGACGAGCAGUCGGAUUAUGUUUGCAACACCCAGCAGCCGGGUUGCGAGAACGUCUGCUACGACGAGGCUUUCCCCAUCUCCCACAUCAGGCUGUGGGUGCUCCAGAUCAUCUUCGUCUCCACGCCCUCGCUGGUGUAUGUGGGCCACGCCGUGCACCACGUGCACAUGGAGGAGAAGCGCAAGGAAAGGGAGGAGGCGGAGAUGAACCGCCAGCAGGAGAUGAAUGAGGAGCGGCUGCCUCUGGCGCCCGACCAGGGCAGUGUCAGGACCACCAAAGAGACCAGCACCAAGGGCAGCAAGAAGUUCCGCCUGGAGGGCACCCUGCUGAGGACCUACAUCUGCCACAUCAUCUUCAAAACCCUGUUCGAGGUGGGCUUUGUGGUGGGGCAGUACUUCCUCUACGGCUUCCGCAUCCUGCCCCUGUACCAAUGCAGUCGCUGGCCCUGCCCCAACACCGUCGACUGCUUCGUCUCGCGUCCCACUGAGAAGACCGUCUUCAUCAUCUUCAUGCUGGCGGUGGCCUGUGUCUCCCUCUUCCUCAACUUUGUGGAGAUCAGCCACCUGGGCCUGAAGAAGAUUCACUUUGUUUUCCGCAAGACCCCCCAGCAGCAAGCAGAGGGGGGGCUUGUCCCAGAGAAAAGCCUGGCCUCCAUGGCCGUCUCUUCCAUCCAGAAGGCCAAGGGCUACAAACUGCUGGAAGAGGACAAGCCCGCGUCCCACUUCUUCCCCCUGACAGAGGUGGGAAUGGAGGCUGGCAGACUCCCCACAUCAUUUGAGACAUUGGAGGAGAAGCUGGAGGAGGCAGGACCCCCGGAAAAUAUAUCUAAGGUAUAUGAUGAGACCUUACCCUCCUACGUUCAGACCACUGAGGCAGAGGAGGGGGUGCUACAGGAGGAGGAGGACGAGGAGGAUGAAGAGGAACCUCUUGCUGAAGCUGAAGGGGAGGCCACUGAGACAAUAGAAGACACCAGACCGCUGAGCAGUUUGAGCAGAGCCAGCAGCAGGGCCAGGUCAGAUGAUUUGACAGUAUGA